AACUGAGCUAAUAGGCCACUUGAUAACUUGUCUAAUCAUUAUCUAUUUUAAUAAUAAAUUCGAUGGCAAUUACUGAAUCAGAGCAACAAUGGAUGAGAAUGGUUCAGCAAAUCAAAUCCUCAACGAUUUCCGGCCAUGAAAGAAGACUACAAGAUUGAAGAGAAAAAACAAGCUGCUGCAGAUGUAUUGUUUCAAUAUUCAAAACUUGUGAUGACAUGUAUUGGUAAUCAAGUUCGACCUUGCGACUUGAGGUUGCAUUUAAUGAAGGAGAUGUCAGGACUGCCAACUUCUCUGAAGAGAGAAUUGCCCCAGACAGCUGCUUCACCUGAUGCAAUGGGUGAAUCAUCAAGCUCAGGUACAGCCAGACUUGAUAAAGCAGAGAGUUUUCGUGCAUUGUAGAUUGAGCUAGAGUAAUGGAGAAUUUUACAUUCAAGAGUCACUGGCAUACUGCUCAGACUAGUCAUUGUUUUCUUUCUAUCACUGACCUUUGGAUUUAUAAUUUCCUUGUGCUGUCAUGGGAAGAUAUUUUUAGUACGACAUGCCAAAAAUUUGCCUAUCCUUUUGAGUUUUAAGCAAUAUAAUGCAGGGAUGUCUGUACAGUUGCAUCUUA